AGAGCUGCAUAACAACGUACAUAAAGUUAAAGCCGAACUAAGACGAAUACUAGACAACAUGUAUACAAACGUUGUAAAGCGCCUGUUCCCUCAAGACGUGUACCCCUCCCAAAGCACCCUUAAAGAAUCCCUUAAGGAUUAUUUGAAGAAAAUGUAUCCUGACUUUAUGUCAAAUAUAAAUACAAAUAAAUUUACCAACCGGUUCCAUGCUGAAUGGUCUA